AGAAGAAGAAGAAGAAAAAGGAGAAGAAGAAGGAAUAAAGAGGAUUUAUCCACAUAUUGGUCCAUAAUAAAGAUGCCCACUCAGAAGGAAUGCAUCGUCUGUAAGAAGAAAAUCGGCGUAGCCAGCAAAACAUGUGCACACUGCGGCGCCAAGCAGCCGUACAAACAAAAGCUGGAGAACAUAAAGAGGAAACUUUCCCACGGCUGGAAGGAGAGGCAGAAGAAGAACAGCAGCGUCAACAAAGUGUACGACGCAACAAAUCUACUGCUCCACAAGUGGGAACUUCUGGAGCGACAUCCGAUGCUGCUUCUCGCCAGGAGAACUACAAAUGGGUUUUUAGCCGAGUGUUUCUGUCCGUGGCAGAUGAACGCAGAAGACGGUAAAGACGCCCUCGCCACAAUAAAGAGGAUUUAUGAAAGUCUCCUUAACGUGGCUCUACCAUCUGGACCAGCGGGGGGGCCGAGGGAGGGUCCAGCAGGAGACAGCGAGGAGCCUUCAGCCACACAGACACAGACUCCACCUCCCGACCACCUCGUCCUCCCUCCUCACAACGCAGCUGACCCGCAGUCAGACUCCGUGUCCUCCCCUCUGCUCAGCCCGCAGCUUCACACUGAAUUCACUUUUGUCGUCGCACCUGGAUCCUCGUCGCUGGUUUCUCCCCUGCCCUCGUCCUCCUCCUCGUCCUCCCACAUCCCUCCUGUGUCCUCCUCCUCCUCCUCCCUGACCCGUCCUGUGUCCUCCUCCUCCCUCACCCAGCCAGCGUCCCCCUCUCUGGUUUCUCCGGUGUCACCGACCCUCUCUGUUUCUCCCAAACCGUCUCUCUCUCCUGCGUCCUCUCAGCCGGACUCUCCAGACUCAGUGUCUCCCUCAUGGACGAGAACACAGGAAAGACGGCGACUAGACCCCAGUGAGUGUCCCAUUCAUCAACGGUCCACCAGUUUCCCAUACAAAAAAAUACUGGGGGAGAGAAUCAGGGAGGGACGCGCAGAGGUGUUGGUGCAGUGGUAUCCUUGCUCCGGAUGUGGAGCAAAGUGGAAAAACACCUGGGAGCCGAAAGAAAAUAUUCUAAGUUAAUUUUAUCCUCAAAAUAGUAUUGUUUUAUUAUUAUUAUUGUUGUUGUUGUUGUUGUUGUUGUUGUGUUAUGAGACAUUUACAGAGACUGACUGACUGACUGAGGUUGUGCCUUUUCGCAUCAGAUUUUUGCCUUUAAUGUAAUAUUUUAAAUAAUAUUCGUCCGUUCUUUCGUGUAACUGCUUUUUAAAGCAAACAUCCUCCUUUUUCUGCAUCGAAGGAAACUGGAUACAUAAAAUAAAUCGUUUUUAAUUAAACUUUAUUGUCACUGGCUGGUUGUUAUGGUUGUUAACAGUAACUUUGUCAGUUACAGUAAGAUGAAGCUGCUGCUAAUGAUAAAGCUGAACAAUAGUUUCUGUUAUUUUUGUGUCACAGGACAGUGAUGAUUUCUCAUGGCGAUGGUGGAUUGAUUUAGAGCGGGGGAUAACAGCCUGUAUCUGGCAACCAUCCGCAGUUGUCGGUUGAGUUUUGUUGUUGUUCUCUUGGUGGACAGACGCAUCAAGGUAGACACGGGUAACUACGGGUGUUCCGGAAAUGGAGUGUGCUCAACUUCAAAAUAAGAGUAGGGUCGGUUUGGCAAAAGUGGGACAUUGAAAUAAAGCCUUGUUUUCCCAUUUGACUUAAAAGUGACCAGAACAUUAGUUUUAUCUGAAAAUCUACCUGUAACUCAACAGACCCUUUUACCUGUGUGAUAUCAUCAUUAAUUCUCUUUAUCCGAGCAUGUUAAGAAGGGUUAUUGUUUCACAAAACAUGACUUUUGCUGAACACAGCCAACAACCUGUCACUAAAUUUAGCAAACAGUUGUUCCGCAGCCAGAACAGUUCCCAUUAUGGACCAAUGGAAAAGAGGCCUGUGCUUGAAAUACUAUGAGAAUACACGUGUUUUUCUUGGCCAUAUUUCCUUUCUUGUCCCGAGUUGCCAAAGUGCUACAGGCCUAAAUAUUGAACAAUUUUUUUAACCAAUAACAGCAUAAAUACAUGCCUGAAGGGAGAAUGAUAAUAGAGGAAUACAUAUUAAAUGUAAUUAAGGAAUACAUUUUAACUGGUUGGAAAUCCACCCAUGAGGGGGGAAAACUGGUUUCAAAGUAGGACAAGAAGAAGACAGAGAAACAGAAGAUUUGAUCAAACAAACACAUCUCAAACUAAAACAUUUAUAAAUAAAAUAUCAAUAAAGAUCAAUUCACUUAUUUUUGUCCAUCAAGAGAAAAUCAAUUGACAACUAUUGUGAUUCAUCAUUUAAAAAUCCACUGGCUGCAGCUAGAGUUUAUGUUCCAAAUGUAUGUGUUUGCUUGUUUUCUUAGCCUUCCAAAAUAAUAAACUAGGGCUGCAACUAAUUAUUUAUCAUUGUCAAUUGUAAAUUAAUCAGAUUGGUUGAUAAAAAGUUGUUUUUCUUAAGCUAUUACGUUUAUAUUUCAUAUUAUAUUUUAUAUAUUUAAUUUUCAC